AUGACACACUCCUAAUCUAUAACCGGAGACGCAGACGGGACAGGACUGGACCAAGAGUGUUCGGUGCAGCUCCCGGAGCGUCUGUCUGUCUCUGCGCAAGAUGCUCAGCAGAACCGGGGAAAACCUAUCGACCGAUUAACUACGUUAGAGGGCCUGUUAUGUUAAGGAAGAUAGUCAGAAUGACUAUCCCCAAAGAUAUUCCUGAAAAGUGGUUCCCCAUCGUUCUUCCACUGCAACAGAAGAAACAACAAGGACUAGCUGCUAAAACCAAGAAGACGUGGACAGAGGAGGAGAGGAGGGUCCGGGCCAAUGACAGAGAAUACAACGAGAAGUUUCAGUAUGCGAGUAACUGUAUUGUGACGUCUAAGUACAACGUCAUCACCUUUCUGCCCGUCAACCUGUUUGAACAGUUCCAGGAAGUGGCCAACACCUACUUCCUCUUUCUGCUCAUACUGCAGUUGAUUCCUCAGAUCUCAUCUCUCUCCUGGUUCACCACCAUAGUGCCUUUAGUCCUGGUGCUCAGCAUCACUGCAGUAAAGGAUGCCACCGACGACUACUUCCGUCACAAGAGUGACAACCAGGUGAACAACCGGCAGUCUCAGGUCGUCAUCCAUGGCUCUCUUCAGAAGGAGAAGUGGAUGAAUGUAAGAGUGGGUGAUAUCAUUAAACUGGAGAAUAACCAGUUUGUGGCAGCUGACCUUCUCUUACUGUCCAGUAGUGAACCUCAUAGUCUCUGUUACAUCGAGACCGCAGAGCUAGAUGGGGAGACCAAUAUGAAGGUGCGUCAGUCUCUGUCUGUGACUGCAGAGCUUGGAGACCCCAACAGCCUGGCCUCUUUUGAUGGUGAGGUGGUCUGUGAGCCUCCCAACAACAAGCUGGACAGGUUCUGUGGUCUUCUGUGCUGGAGAGAUUGUAAAUACCCCCUGAGCAACCACAACAUGUUACUACGAGGCUGUGUUCUCCGCAACACAGAGACCUGCUAUGGACUGGUCAUCUUUGCAGGCCCAGACACCAAGCUGAUGCAGAAUAGUGGUCGCACCAAGUUCAAACGCACAAGCAUCGACCGCCUCAUGAACACACUGGUGCUCUGGAUCUUUGGCUUCAUGGUGUGUAUGGGUGUGAUCCUGGCUGUGGGGAACGCUGUGUGGGAGAGAGAGGUGGGUUCUCUGUUCCAGAGUUACCUGGCCUGGGACCUGCCUGUAGACAACUUCCUGUUCUCUGCUUUCCUCUCCUUCUGGUCCUACGUCAUCAUUCUCAACACCGUGGUGCCCAUCUCACUCUACGUCAGUGUGGAGGUGAUUAGGCUGGGUCAUAGUUACUUUAUAAACUGGGACAGGAAGAUGUUCUGUCCACAGUGUAACACAGCAGCUGAAGCCAGGACCACCACUCUCAACGAGGAACUGGGACAGGUGGAGUACAUCUUCAGUGACAAGACAGGAACUCUCACUCAGAACAUCAUGAGCUUCAGCAAGUGCUCUAUCAAUGGACAUGCCUAUGGUGAGGUGAUCGACCCGUUGGGAGCACAGCCAAAGAGGCUAGACUUCUCCUCCUUCAAUCCCCUGGCGGACCCUGACUUCUGUUACUAUGACAACGGUCUGCUGAAGUCGGUGAAGCUGGGAGACCUUCACAGCCACGAGUUCUUCCGGCUGCUUUCCCUCUGUCACACCGUCAUGAGUGAGGAGAAGAAGGAGGGAGAGUUGAUGUAUAAGGCCCAGUCUCCAGAUGAGGGUGCGUUGGUGACAGCAGCCAGGAACUUUGGUUUUGUGUUCCGGUCUAGAACCCCUGGUACUGUCACUGUGACAGAGCUGGGCCGACCCGUCACAUACACACUGCUGGCCAUCCUUGACUUCAACAACAUCCGCAAGAGGAUGUCCGUUAUAGUGCGUAACCCUGAGGGGAGGAUACGUCUAUACUGUAAAGGAGCUGAUACUCUGUUGUUUGAGAGGCUCCACUCCUCCAACAAUCACCUUGUGAACAUCACAACAGAUCACCUUAAUGAGUAUGCUGGGGACGGUUUGCGGACCCUGGCCCUGGCCUACAGAGACCUGUCAGAGGAGCAGUGGGAGGAGUGGUCAGAGAGACACCGCCAAGCAGACAGAGCUACAGACUGUAGAGAGGACAGACUGGCUGACAUAUAUGAACACAUAGAACAGGACAUGAUGCUCCUGGGAGCCACAGCCAUAGAGGAUAAGCUACAGGAGGGAGUUCCUGAGACCAUCGCUAUUCUCUCUCUUGCUAACAUCAAGAUCUGGGUCCUCACAGGAGACAAACAGGAGACAGCAGUUAAUAUAGGUUACUCCUGUAAGAUGCUGACUGGUGAUAUGACUGAGGUGUUCAUCAUCAGUGGAAACACAGUGCUGAGUGUUAGAGAGGAACUCAGGAGAGCGAGGGAGAGGAUGAUAGAGUUUGCCCGUACGAAAGAGGGAGGAAAGGAGGAGGGGAUGGAGGGAUGGGGCGAGGCCUGUUCUCUGGGGAAUGGGUUUGGGGGAGACGGGGGAGGAGAUGGGAGAGAGUGGCCCUCCGUGGGGGACAAACAGCAGCAGUGUCCCCCUCCCCCUGGCCCUCCCGCCCCUCGACCCCCCUCCUCAACCACGCUAGACUCCAUAUCUGGAGAGUUCGCUCUCGUCAUCAACGGACAUAGCCUGGCCCAUGCGUUGGAGGCUGAUAUGGAGGGGGAGUUUGUGUCUACAGCGUGUGUCUGUAGAGCAGUGAUCUGCUGCAGGGUGACUCCUCUACAGAAAGCCCUGGUGGUGGAGCUCAUCAAGAAACACAAGAAAGCUGUCACCCUGGCCAUAGGAGACGGGGCUAAUGAUGUUAGCAUGAUCAAGACGGCUCAUAUAGGAGUGGGCAUCAGUGGUCAGGAGGGCAUCCAGGCAGUGCUGGCGUCUGACUACUCCUUCUCCCAGUUCCGCUUCCUCCAGCGCCUGCUGCUGGUCCACGGACGCUGGUCCUACCUCCGCAUGUGUCGCUUCCUCUGCUACUUCUUCUACAAGAACUUUGCCUUCACCAUGGUGCACUUCUGGUUUGGCUUCUUCUGUGGCUUCUCUGCCCAGACAGUAUAUGAUCAGUACUUCAUCACUCUCUAUAACAUCGUCUACACCUCUCUCCCCGUGCUGGCCAUGGGAAUAUUUGACCAGGACGUCCCAGAGCAGCGUAGUCUGGAGUAUCCUAAGCUGUAUGAGCCAGGUCAGCUUAACCUGCUGUUCAACAAGAGAGAGUUCUUCAUCUGUAUAACCCAGGGUAUCUACACUAGUGUUGUGUUGUUCUUCGUACCCUAUGCCAUCCUGUCCCACGGAACCCAGGGCACCGGGGAACCCCUCGCUGACUACCAGACCUUUGCUGUUACCACGGCCACCGCCCUGGUGAUCGUGGUCAGUGUGCAGAUUGCUCUGGACACAGGCUACUGGACAGCCAUCAACCAUUUCUUUGUGUGGGGCUCUGUGGGCUCCUUCUUCACCAUCAUGUUGGCUAUGCACAGCCAGACUCUAUUCAGCAUCUUCCCCAACCAGUUCCACUUCGUAGGCAGUGCCCAGAGCACACUGGUCCAGCCGCUGGUGUGGCUGACCAUCGUCUUGGCCACAGUGAUCUGCAUCGUUCCAGUUCUGGCUUUCCGAUUCCUCAAACUGGACCUGAAACCACAGCUCUCUGAUUCGGUGCGUUACACCCAGCUGGUGCGUCAGAAGACGAGGAAGCCAGUGGGUCGAUGCAUGGGAGGAGUCAGGGUCGGGGGCAUGCCUGAGGGUCGUCUGGGGGCAAGGGGCGGGUUCAGGAGGUCAGGAUAUGCCUUUGCCCACCAGGAGGGCUUUGGGGAGCUCAUCACCUCUGGGAAGAACAUGAGACUGUCCUCCCUGGCCCUGGCCAACUUUGCCUCCAGACACAGCUCCAGCUGGAUAGACACCCUGCGCAAAAAGAAACACUCAAAUACACAUCCCCCGCAGAACGCCUCAGGAGAGAGCAGCCCGGCACCUAGCUAUGUGUCGGGAUCGGCUCCCCCCCUGUCUAAUUCAUCCUCUCUCUUGGGGGGGUCACAGGAUACUCCCCUGGAGGAGGGAACACACACGCUGCCUGUCAUACUCCCACAGGUGGCUUCUGGCCCUCCCACAAACACACCUCCAAUGUUAGCUCCAGCCCAGGUCCCCUCUGCUGACGCUCUCACUCCCACCUCUGUGAGGUGUCCUGGGGGAGACUCGGUUGGUGGCUGGAACCUUAGUCUGGGCGCUGUACAGGAUGCUCUAUUUGGUUGGAGGGGCGGCGCCUCUCGCACCAGCGGAACCAGCAGCCCGGGACCUCCCCCUGUUCCCAAGGAAACCAACCACACCGUGUGAGACGGACAGACAGAUGGACAGAUGAUAGAAAGAAGAAGGACAGGCUGUCAUAUCCCACUGGAUUCUCUUGGAAUACGUGAAGAAAUACUGCAUUUGGAAGUUUGGAAUACUGAAGGUGGAAUGUUUGGAAUGGCACUCACCCUGGUUUAGGAAGAGAUCCAAAGUGGCAGCCAUUGUAGGCAGAAGGCAUGCACACCCAUCAACACCCACUGGCACCCAUAUGACACUGUCGUUGCAAUAGUGUUGGUACAUAUAUGUUUCUGUCUGAAAGACUACUGUGAUUAUUAUUAUUUGACCAUGCUGGUCAUUUAUGAACAUUUGAACAUCUUGGCCAUUUACUGUUAUAAUCUCCACCCGGCACAGCCAGAAGAGGACUGGCCACCCCUCAUAGGUUCCUCUCUAGGUUUCUUCCUAGGUUUUGGCCUUUCUAGGGAGUUUUUCCUAGCCACUGUGCUUAUACACCUGCAUUGCUUGCUGUUUGGAGUUUUAGGCUGGGUUUCUGUACAGCACUUUGAGAUAUCAGCUGAUAUGUAAGAAGGGCUAUAUAAAUACAUUUGAUUUGAAAUCAAUUUUAUUUUAAAGAUAUUGUGUGGUGGUUGUAAUAGACAUGCCCAGACUACCUACAACCCACUUCUCUGUCUUCUUCAACCAAUGAGGCAGGCUGAAAGAAGCACUUCUUCAUGCAAAUGAUGUAACCAUCUGCUGAAGAGCUUGGUACCACAGGGUUCCGGACAGAAACCCCACUCCAACAGCACCGCUGUGGUUCAGACAUGACUAUACUAUUUAUACAAUGGAUCAUAUGUCAUAACAUCAUAUCAGAUUGGUUCAAAACAAAGUAUUGAAUUGAGUCUUUAUGACAGAAGAGAGGUUCAUUUGAUGGUCAGAAAGGUGGUGAAUUGAGUCUUUAUGACAGAAGAGAGGUUCAUUUGAUGGUCAGAAAGGUGGUGAAUUGAGUCUUUAUGACAGAAGAGAGGUUAAUUUGAUCAUCAGAAAGGUGGUGAAUUGAGUCUUUAUGACAGAAGAGAGGUUCAUUUGAUGGUCAGAAAGGUGGUGAAUUGAGUCUUUAUGACAGAAGAGAGGUUCAUUUGAUGGUCAGAAAGGUGGUGAAUUGACUCUUUAUGACAGAAGAGAGGUUCAUUUGAUGGUCAGAAAGGUGGUGAAUUGAGUCUUUAUGACAGAAGAGAGGUUCAUUUGAUCAUCAGAAAGGUGGUGAAUUGAGUCUUUAUGACAGAAGAGAGGUUCAUUUGAUCAUAUAUAAUACACCUGUCUGUAUCCAGCUGUUAACCAAUCAUAAACAUGUCUUUAAUAGGCCAAGUAAUGCUAUCUACCUUCUCUAAUAAUGUAUGACAGCGUGUAAAACAAUGCAGUAGUGUAGAGCUGUCCCUCUAACCUGUACAGUCUGUAUGAGGAAUGUCUCUAGAACCUUAUCGGUGGUCCUGGUCUUUGUAUUCAUGAUUACAUAUUGCUGUGUCACCAUGCCCAAAGGCUUAGUCAAACCAGACAGGCUGCACCAUCCUACACUCUUAUGGGUACAUACUACUGUACAUUCUCUAUCUGUCUGCCUGACUGAAAUCUUCACAUACAUAGUCCGUCUGUUGUUUUAGCCAAUAACUUGGCAGGACACUGAGGGGUUCAGUCAGCCAACCAAUGACUGAAGAAUGCAGGAUGCUGUCCUUGCUGGAAUGUUGUAGUAUAUAUCAUCAUAAGUUCGUGGGCAGAGUUUCUGUGUUCACUAUAGUUCUCAGUGAGAACGCCAUUUUAACCUUACAGGACACAGCAAGACUCCUCUUCGUCAUGUUCUUCUUCAUCCUCCUCCACUGCACCAUAUUGGUGACCUGCUGCUGGGCCCACAGACAGAACUACAGUUAUAUCUCUGACUCUGAGCCCCACCCGUACUGGGCUUAAGAGAGAGGAGAUGGACUUCUAACAACAACCUGGACCUCCAUGUUGCUUUGGGGCGGACUGACUCUGAGGCGUUGUGAGAGACAAUGGACAAUAAGCCCUCUAUGGCGUCCAUGUUGCUUUGGGGAGGACUGACUCUGAGGCGUUGUGAGAGACAAUGGACAAUAAGCCCUCUAUGGCGUCCAUGUUGCUUUGGGGCGGACUGACUCUGAGGCGUUGUGAGAGACAAUGGACAAUAAGCCCUCUAUGGCGUCCAUGUUGCUUUGGGGAGGACUGACUCUGAGGCGUUGUGAGAGACAAUGGACAAUAAGCCCUCUAUGGCGUCCAUGUUGCUUUGGGGAGGACUGACUCUGAGGCGUUGUGAGAGACAAUGGACAAUAAGCCCUCUAUGGCGUCCAUGUUGCUUUGGGGAGGACUGACUCUGAGGCGUUGUGAGAGACAAUGGACAAUAAGCCCUCUAUGGCGUCCAUGUUGCUUUGGGGAGGACUGACUCUGAGGCGUUGUGAGAGACAAUGGACAAUAAGCCCUCUAUGGCGUCCAUGUUGCUUUGGGGCGGACUGACUCUGAGGCGUUGUGAGAGACAAUGGACAAUAAGCCCUCUAUGGCGUCCAUGUUGCUUUGGGGCGGACUGACUCUGAGGCGUUGUGAGAGACAAUGGACAAUAAGCCCUCUAUGACGUCCAUGUUGCUUUGGGGCAGACGGAGGCUUGGGAGGGGGGGAUCAGGGUUAUUAUUAUUAAGCCUUAAUAAAUCCACAGUAAUGAUGAUCAACCCAGUUCAUCCCUCUACUAGGCAUGACAUCAUGUAACGUAUUCCUUCUAUACAGCAGGGGAAACAAACCCAGUCCUCCAGGGCCACUGGAAUGAUGCUUUCACUGUUGUACUCUACAGUAUACAGCUUCUGGUUAGAAAGAUAUAGGGUGAAACUAGGUGAGACAGCUGUUGUACUCUACAGCAUACAGCUUCUGGUUAGAAAGAUAUAGGGUGAAACUAGGUGAGACAGCUGUUGUACUCUACAGCAUACAGCUUCUGGUUAGAAAGAUAUAGGGUGAAACUAGGUGAGACAGCUGUUGUACUCUACAGCAUACAGCUUCUGGUUAGAAAGAUAUAGGGUGAAACUAGGUGAGACAGCUGUUGUACUCUACAGCAUACAGCUUCUGGUUAGAAAGAUAUAGGGUGAAACUAGGUGAGACAGCUGUUGUACUCUACAGCAUACAGCUUCUGGUUAGAAAGAUAUAGGGUGAAACUAGGUGAGAGCUGUUGUGCUCUACAGCAUACAGCUUCUGGUUAGAAAGAUAUAGGGUGAAACUAGGUGAGACAGCUGUUGUACUCUACAGCAUACAGCCUCUGGUUAGAAAGAUUAUAGGGUGAAACUAGGUGAGACAGCUGUUGUACUCUACAGCAUACAGCCUCUGGUUAGAAAGAUUAUAGGGUGAAACUAGGUGAGACAGCUGUUGUACUCUACAGCAUACAGCCUCUGGUUAGAAAGAUUAUAGGGUGAAACUAGGUGAGACAGCUGUUGUACUCUACAGCAUACAGCCUCUGGUUAGAAAGAUUAUAGGGUGAAACUAGGUGAGACAGCUGUUGUACUCUACAGCAUACAGCCUCUGGUUAGAAAGAUUAUAGGGUGAAACUAGGUGAGACAGCUGUUGUACUCUACAGCAUACAGCCUCUGGUUAGAAAGAUUAUAGGGUGAAACCAGCACAACCAGUCUCUGCUGGACCUGUCUCUCCCUGCUGUAGAGGGCUCAAACCACCUGUAAGUCAGUGCAACUCAAUAUCACACUCAAUUUGUGCAAAUAUGUACAAAAAGUAUUUCAGCAGAUUUUGUGUAUUUUUAUGUGGCUUAAUUUGUGUGAAAAUACAAAAAAAAAUGCUCUUAGGUUUGCCCCCUAAUGUAUUACUGUUUUGAGUUUUGACACCUCUUACAGAGUUUUGCUUUAAAAUAUUGUGGCGUUCUGCCAGUGGCACAUAAUUAUAAACAGUAGGGGCGCCCUAUUUCAGUCCACAGCAAGCACUGGUGUCAUAGAUAGAUACAGCAGGUUGAAAGUUACUCAAGUCUUUGUCAAUCCAAAGAGGAAGUGUCAACUGAAAUAUAAUUAUUUACAGUUGACAUCAAAGUAUGAUUUCAUUUGUAGUGUGACUGUACAGGGAAUAAUGUUUAUAAUGAGGGAAACAAUCAAUAUAACCUAUUUCUAGCACUUUU